AUGCAAAUAACAUUGCUAAUUAUUAAUAUUAUUGUGGUGCAAGUGCAUAGUGAUAAGAUCGUGGAAGUGUUAAGGAUGCUGCGGUUCAUCCUACUAUUAUGUGCUGUGGUGGUAACAACAGCACACAAAGACCCGCACUAUAUGUCGGGUCGAACCACUAUGGUGCAUUUGUUUGAGUGGAAGUGGGAUGACAUAGCAGCUGAAUGCGAGAGAUUCCUGGGACCGAGAGGAUUCGGCGGUAUUCAGAUCUCACCGCCAAAUGAAAACUUGGCGAUUAGGUCCAGAAAUCGGCCGUGGUGGGAGCGGUACCAGCCUAUUUCUUAUCGCUUGGUCACGCGUUCUGGUAACGAACAACAGUUCGAAAACAUGGUACGAAGAUGUAAUAACGCUGGAGUAAGAAUAUACGUAGACGCCAUCAUCAACCACAUGACGGGAACUUGGGGCGAAAAUGUAGGCACGGGAGGCAGUACGGCUGACUUCAACAACUGGUACUACCCAGCGGUACCUUACGGACGUAACGAUUUCAACUCGCCCCAAUGUGUAAUUCAAGGGAACGAUUACCAGUGUUGCGCUGAUAGGGUACGGAACUGUGAAUUGUCCGGCUUGAAAGAUCUAAACCAAGGUUCCGAAUACGUCCGCGGCAAGAUUACCGAAUACAUGAACCGUCUCAUUGAUUUGGGUGUUGCCGGUUUCAGAAUCGACGCAGCUAAGCACAUGUGGCCUGGUGACCUGAGCGCUAUCUACAGCAGACUUAAUAACUUGAACACAAAUCAUGGAUUCUCACACGGCGCUCGCCCGUAUAUUUACCAGGAGGUAAUCGACCUUGGAGGUGAAGCUGUAAGCAGGAAUGAGUAUUCAUCUUUAGCUGCCGUUACUGAAUUUAAAUAUGGAAUGGAAUUAAGCCGAUGCUUUAAUGGACAGAAUCAACUUAGGUGGCUCGUCAACUUUGGGCCAAAUUGGGGUUUCCUAGCAUCCAACGACGCUCUCACCUUCGUCGAUAACCAUGACAACCAGCGUGGUCACGGAGCUGGUGGAAACAUUCUCACACACAAACGGGCGAAGCAGUACAAAGGUGCUAUUGCCUUUAUGUUAGCCCAUCCUUAUGGCAGACCACAAUUGAUGAGCAGUUUCAGCUUCCACGACACAGAAGCCGGACCACCAAUGGAUUCCAAUGGAAAUAUCAUCUCACCGGCAAUCAAUUCGGAUAACACUUGUGGUAAUGGCUGGGUGUGUGAACACCGCUGGCGCCAGAUCUAUCAGAUGGUGGCUUUUAGAAACGUAGCUGGUAACACUGGUAUCAAUGAUUGGUGGGACAACGGCAGUAACCAGAUCGCCUUUUGCCGUGGUGGUCAGGGCUUCGUCGCCUUCAACAAUGACAACUGGGACUUGAAUACUAACUUACAGACUUGUCUCCCAGCGGGCAGAUAUUGUGACGUCAUCUCAGGCGAGAAACGUAAUAAUGGCUGCACAGGCAAAGUGAUAACUGUUGGGGGUGAUGGUCGAGCUCAGAUCGUUCUUGGAGCCAACGACUAUGACAUGGCACUAGCAAUUCAUAGAGGACAAGAUUCGCGACUGUAA